CUUGCCAAAUCUGUCAAAAACAAAAAGUUUAAAAUUUUUGCCAUCACUGAACUGAAACUUUCCUUCCUCGACUUUAAAUUAAAAUGGCUCACUUUGCGAUGUUAUGGAAGGCUCGCAAUCUAGAGAGAUAUCGUCGCAAAUAUGAAAAGGAGAAAAUGAUUUCUAUCACUCUCGCCAAAACAGUAGCUCCGAGAAAAUCCCUUUUCCAAAGAAUCGAAACAUGUUUUCAGUACAAUGUGAAGAGGCAAAUGAAACAAGCGUAUAAUAAACUGUUUCCUGAAGGAUCGAGCUUUUCAGAAUUCCUAAUCUACCUGAGAACCGAUCAGACUUUCCCCAAUUUCGUUCUGAAAAGUGUGUUAGGAUUUGUUGGAGGGAUUGUGUUAACGUAUUUGUGUUUCAUGUUUUUUGUAUUUCAGCUGGCUAUUUCACUCAUGCAUGCUACUAUAAUGAGCUCUAUUAUAGGCGUGCUGUUGACUUUGGGGCUUGCGUUCAGUUACAGAGUUCGAUGCCUGGUCUUCCUCCUCAUCCCGCAACUGUUCUCUCGCGUGGGUCGCUACACGCUGACUUGCUACGCACUCGUCCUCAUCCUGACUGGACCGGCCACUAAUACGCUCAAGAACUCUGAGGUGCUGUCAGAGAGCAUGGCUUGUACUCAGGAACAACUGAAAACCAGUGUAAAUCAAAUAUCAGAAUCUAUGAAGAAGCCUUUCAACUCUAUGAAAGACACAAUAAAGGUGAUAAUUGAAAGAGUGAAGCAUGUGACUUUUAAUAUGAAGGAGACUCUUCUUAAAGUUCACAGACUGGCUAUGUGUACUGUUCGGUCCCUACAAUCCUCAUUCUUCUGGCUAGAUACAGUCGUCCAAGAAUGCAACAAGAAGCUCGGAACACCAUACGACAGAUGCAUGAAUGCUUUGGAAAUGGGCGUCUUGAAUUGCAAGAAGAAAUUCGGGUCAUCAGCUGACUCCCGUCUAUGCAGCAUAACAUACGUGGUAAAGCCAGUAUGCGGGACUUUUAAGCCUUUGAAGGCGAUUUGUGUUUUUGUCGACUUUUUCAAAGGAACUAUAGUGGCUACGGUACAGAAAAAACUCCAAUCGUUUGCCAACCACGUGAAGACGAUGCUGUUCGUGUCGGUCUCCAUGCACCACUCCUACUCCUACAGCUGUAACUUCAGCCGCUCAGCCAGCCAGGUGGCAGCCGGCAUUGUGACGGAGAUCAGGGGCCGCGCGGACCCUCUGCUGACCUGGCUGUCGUGGAGCUCGUGCGUCACUAGCCUGUUUCUGCUGCUCAUUAUAUUCAGAGCAAAAUAUUACCAACACAUGUAUGAAGUCCGUUCCCGGUUCGACAACCGCUACAUAACAAAAGACCUCCGAGAAUUGGAUUUGAAAAGAGCGAAGCAGGAUCGAGAAACGGUCCUUCCAUUGAACAGAAGAGAGAAAGCUAAAUAUGUCACUACGACAUCAUUUCGGCUAGUGGCUUCGGAGAAACUGUAUUUAACACGGUCAGUCGUUUUCAUGACGAUCACGACGUUUAAGCUGCUUAUCCACAUCGUGGCUGACUAUAGUUUGUACUGGGUGUUGACUACCAUUCGCUACCAUGGACGCUUCCAGACUCCCAUCAACCCUGGCCAAACCGAGGGUGGCAUACAGAUCAUUGGAAAAGGGCCCGUGGCAGGCAUCAUGCGAGCCAUAGUGGACGCCAUAAGUAUUCCUAUAGCUACUCCUGGGCCUUCACCUGUCUCCUGUCUUCCGAACCCUUACCCUCCGGACUUGCAACGUUACGCCCAAAUAGGAGUCCUCAUAUUCUUAAUUUGGUUCUUUGCGUUGUUUGAGCCGUAUGGACUGCGCCUUCGCCACAUCAUCAUGGGUCUUUAUAGGCCAGAGAGGGCGAAGCAGAGGGCUGUCUGGCUUCACAAUCAUAUUCUUGAAGCAAGAUGUAGCUUCAUAAAGUACGCCAGAAGAAAACUUCAUCGGGAGUACAAAUACUACAGUGAAAGAAGAUUUACAAUAAGAAGUAGACUUGAAUGUAUGCUACCAUAUCCCUGGCUGCUUCACUUGCUGGGAAUAAAACGGAAAUACCCUCAAUGUUUGCUUUGCGAUACAACAGAAUAUCAAAACGAACCAGACACUUAUUUAACUAUAUGCGAUCAUGCUGGAUGCCCAGGAGUUUACUGCGCUAUAUGCUACAACGCGAUAGGUCGGCUUUGCACCAUUUGCUUGACGCCAGCUGACUAUGGAGACUUGAGUGAUGUCAGCUUCGAAAAAGGAUCCUCUGACGAGAACAGCUGCAGCGACCAAGACUCCGAUCAUGAGUCUGAGUUGCCUCAUUGCAGUCGUAAAUGUGCGGCUAGACAUUCACCUGUUGAAGCUGAUGACAGCUGCAGCUCAUCCCCAACACCAAAACAUUCCAAAACCAAGAGACGAAAAUUUAAAUAUUGCUCAAAGAAAGGUCAUCCAAAUAAAGCAAUAGAUGAAAUUGAACUGUUGAGAUUCGACAGGGCUGCUUCAAAUAGGGCGCUUAGGAAAGAUUAUUACUUUUAUAUCUCAGAAACUGCAGGUAAAAAGACUGAUAAAGUGAAAUUCAAUAAAUUUUAUAAGUAGGCUAUUUGAUUUAAGUAUAAUGAUUAGUUACUAUAAUAUGAAGAAAGUAGAAGAAUGCACAUA